UUAAGAUCUAUUAUUAUUACUGAAUCUUUGUUAGAGUGUCCACACCGUCUUCGUUGUACUGCGGUCUCAGUUACAUACUCGUACAGCAUCCCAUCUAUCUGAAUUCUUUAGGUUCAUUUGCGUUAUCGCACGAUACAACUGGGAUCUAAGUUAACGCCACUGCGCGCCUUUCACUCCUUACCCUCUACCACCAUGGUGAAUACAAGCCUCAAAUACGUAGACCUCAUACGCCAGCGCACUUCAAAGUGGGCGAACUGGUUCCCCGAAAAACAGGACAUUAGAGUUGGAUCGUAUGGUCGUUUUAACGCCCAGACAGGGAGGUUCGAUGUUGAAGGAAACGUGUACGAUCCCGAGUUUCAGAAGCUGCUCGACGCUACCGAUGGUAAAAUGAAGCUCUCUGAUUAUCCGCCGGUGCUCGACGAGGAGGAGAAAGACUUUGCUGUUGGAUCUAUGGGCGUCAGGCCUAAGGAUUUCAGUCUUGGAUCAGACGCCGUUGAGGGCAUUGACAAAGCAGCGUAUAAACAAGACUGGCAGUUUAUGCAGGACAAACGAGGCGCGAUGCUCGUCAUGUGCAAGCCCCGUCAAGAGCAUUUCCCUAAAGGAAAAGUAUUUGAAGCGCUCUACAAGGUUCCAGAGCUCAAGGACAAGUACAUCGUCCCAUCGGUGUACAAGUGUCGUGCUUAUGCUAUUUAUUUGUCUAACAAGACCGGCGAGAAGAUUUCAAUGGCGCUUCUCCCGAAAUCUGGCGAAGACAACAAGACGCAGCUCGACUGGUGGACUGAUUCAAAGGUAGAAAACCUUCAAAUCAGAUCGGAUAAAGACUACGUGUUCUCGCCGCUUUUCACUUGCAAGCGCAAGAUCCCCUUGAUUCGUCCCCUGAUGCGCGACUCACCUACUCCGGAUCCUGUGGAUGAGGGCUUUUGGAUGGAAUGUUACCCACCUUGGGAGCCACUCGAUGACGAUGGAGAGAUCGAUCCAGUGUAUGAUGAUGAUCAAGAGGAUGACCCCAACGUCUACGUCCCGCGAAGAGACUCUGUAUAUGUGCCAUACCCUAUUUCAGAUGACAGUGACGAUGAGUGAUGGCUGGUUGGGCUCUUUUCUUCUUGUUAUAUCAGAUUGACUUUGCCGUAUGAGAUGUAUGAUUAAUUGUGUAGUGGAUGUUCGAGUACAUGUAUGUGCAGUGAUAUCUAGGUUUGUUGGUGUUGUAAUCAAGUCGUAAUCAUGCAAGUUGCGAUGCAUGCACAGCAAA